AUGUCUCAACACGAUCGCCCCUUUUCCACUUUGGAAAUGGACAUCUGGCGUAUGCAUGAGUCGAUUCUUCAGAAACUGUAUAUAGAGGAGAACAAGACGCUCAAGGAGGUAAAGGACAUAAUGGAGCUGCACCAUGGGUUCCCAUCCUUCUCUAUCGCGACUUAUGGCACAAAGCUUCGGCACCAUCUGAAUCUUCAAAAGAAGCUCAAGAAAGAUGACUGGCUAGCGGUUUAUCAACACUACGAGCGGCGACGGGCUGAAGGAAAGCAAAGCCGCAUGUAUUUAAACGACACUUUGAUUCCUUGGAGGAAAGCCUGGAAAGAGAUUCGCCGAAAUAGGGUUCAACUUGGGUCAGGAGUGAUGCCCCUACCACGAGGUGUGAUGCUCAAGACGCCGCCUCCGCGUGCUCCAAUAUCUGUGUGCAACUCCUCCCAGUUGAUUCAGUUGUCACCUCCGAUUCAAAGUCUACAAAUUGUGCCAAGAAAUGCGCAUGAGCCCGCCCCGAUGGCCCUGGAGCCGCGACAGCCAUUUAGUUUAAACGUUCCUUUCCCAGAGUCAUUAGAAGGAAAUGUAUUGAGCCGGUCUUCACAAUUCUACCGCCAGCUGAGCUUGAUAUGCCUGGAGAAUACUCCUUGGGUCGCCUUAAAAGCGACCCUAUUGAGUGGUUCUAUACUAACACCUACAACAACUCUUCAUCGGUCCCUAAUUCACGGAGUGGAGCAUGCCUGGCCUCGCUCUUACGCUCUCCCAGGUCCUAAUUCCAACGAGCUGAGCACCCAAUUCGACCCAAUAUUUACUCUAGCAAGGGUGUUUUAUCUUAUCUCGAAUAAUCUUUUUUCAAAUGAUCGCUCUUUCCACGGAGGAUUUGUGGAGCAGUUCAACUUGUUAUGCUCACGUAUGCCUCAGAGGCUGGUCCUAGAUCUUUUGGAUAGCAACCUCCCCUCUACUAAUGCUGCAUUGGAAGCAAUUGCCCGACUAAUUUAUUAUGUUGAGCGCAAAGACUUCAUUGAUUUUAUGUCACUAGCGUUCAAUCGGCCAACGCGGAUUUUACCCCACACAUACGCCUACCUUUCUGUGGCCGUAUCAAAGAACUGCAACCAUAUCGUACGGCAUUUAUUACAGCUUGGCGCACGCGCAGACGAGAAAAUUCCCGAAUGGAAAUUUAAAGAAUUUUUCUAUAUUCGCCCUGCUAUCUUUGAGGCUAUAGCGUCUCAGGAUGUCGAAUGCCUUCAACUUCUACUAGAACACUGUGACGUAAAUGUCCCUGUUUUCAACAUUGAGGACCAAGAACUCUCUAUUUCUUCGAUAGUGUUAACUAGCAUGGGACAUCAUCGUCAGGGCUUUGACUUCAAUCGCCAGCAACUGAAACCCCAUCCAGCAUCUUUGGCAAUUUUGCUUGAGCACGGAGCUAAUGUGGAUAUUCCGUGUCCUAAACACCUAUGUCGGAAACUGGGGCAUCGACGCGAAACAACAAAAGCUCUACCCAACAUGGAACCGUCACUCCUGGAACAUUGCUAUUUUUACAAUAAGGCUGUAUACGAUCAGCUGCUCCCAUUUAGUUCGCGAACGUCUCACGGUGUCUACAGAGAUGAGAUUUGCUUUGCAGCGGCCCAAGGUCCCUCAGCAUUACUAGCUUACUUCAACUCCAAGCCUAGCGUUGAUGCUACCUCUCUUGAAUACGUCCUCGAAGAACAAUUCUUCCUUGACACUUCGUUUUUCAAUUCUGCCGUGGUGCGUGCUCUACUGGAGCUUGGCGUGACGAUCAGCACACUCAGUCCUAGUGAGUUGUUCACCAAACUGUUAUGCCGGGUUAUCCAACAUAUUCGGUUAUUUGGUUACGAAGAGAACCAUACAUUCAUUUUGGACAGUUUAUUACGUAAGGGUGCACUGCUUAAUUCAGAAGUUCUCGCACUCGCCGUUGAGGAUGAAGGAACCAGAAUCCUAGAGCUUCUGUUGACUCUUGGAGGUGAUUUUCGCCGGGAAGGGGCUAAGGCAUUAGGCACCGCUGCUCGCCUGAACAAUUUCUGCGCUGUAUCAUGGCUACUAAGAAACGAUGUGGAUAUCAACGCAGAAAUCAAUUCAAUAAAUGGCUUUUCAAUUGGCUCUAUGAGUAUCGCCAUGGCCAUCCAAAAAGAGCUUUGGGACCCCAAAGUGGCGUCGCGUCGUUUCCCCAAUGUUAGGAUGGUCAUCAACCUUAUACAUCAUGGGGCCAAAAUAUGGUAUGGCUCACGCGAUUCGUGCCCAUUCACAGCAUUGAGAGUGAUCCUUCAGCAACAUUCCAGUAACCCCUACCUGUUUGACACAGUCAGUCUUAUAUUAGAUCAUUACCAGAUGCUGAAAGAUCUGCCACACUCAGGUUCUUUCUUGCUUGAGGACAGUUUGGUACGUUUAGUCGAAUGGAGUGCGACUCAUUCCAGGUCAAAGGUCUUUGAGCUUCUUUUGAGACAUGGCGCUCCUAUAUACCCUGGCGCAGUGUUAUCCAGACUUAUUGACUUGGCAGCACCGCGUGAACUUGUUCUCGACUUAAUGAAUAGGGGCGCAGAUAUCAGUGCUUAUACAACAUCACGUGAUGACAAGUACAACGCUAUUCAGGCUGCAAGCAAGUGGUGGGACCAGAGUCUUAUCUCAACAUUGAUGGAACGUGGGGGUGACAUCAAUUCACCAGCCCUCGGUCCACAAGGACGGACAGCUCUCCAAGUUGCCUGCUCUGUAACUGGCACGUCCGAAGCAAACCGAAGAGCACAACUUACCUUUGUUGAAUUUCUGCUCCGCAACAAUGCAGACGUGAAUGCACCCCCUUGUACAAGAGAUCCAAAUUAUAGCUCAACAGUGGGAGGUUACACCGCUUUGCAACUUGCAGCUGCUGCCGGCAACCUGGAGCUUUUGUCGCUACUACUCAGUCACAAGGCUCAUGUUAAUUUGCCUAGCCAUUUACGAAGAAGAUGUGCUCUAGAUGUUGCUGCUGAAGAAGGACGACUGGAUGCAUUACAUUUUCUACUGAAGGCAGGGGCUCUGAGUUAUUGCCACGGCCAAAGCGGCUAUGAAGGUGCUAUUCAGCUAGCUGAACGCAAAGGGUUUUCUGUGGUGGCCGAGUCUUUACGCAGUCAUAUUCGCCAUAAUGAGCGCCUAUUUUACGAGCAACCGGCCUUAGCUGAAGCACAUAGUGCUGCCAUGGCAGAGAGGUCGUGGACUGAUGAAUGUUUCUCUGUCAGAAAAUAA